AUGUUUGGCGGAAUUCCAUUUGAACACUUUGGUGGUGGUAUGCCAGGAGGCAUGCCCGGGGGAAUGGGCAGAGGAGGUGGAGGCGACGUGGACACGCAAAAGCUUUACGACGUCUUGGGGGUAGAAAAGAGUGCGGACGCAAAAGAAAUCAAGAAGGCCUACAGAAAACUGGCUGUCAAGCACCAUCCUGAUAAAGGAGGUGACGAGCAUGUUUUCAAAGAGAUUAACGCCGCUUACGAAAUUCUUAGUGACGAAGAAAAGCGCAAUCUUUACGACAAGUAUGGUUUGGAAGGCGUUGAACAAGGAGAUGCACCAUCAGCCGGUGGCGAAGAUCUCUUUUCCAUGUUCUUUGGAGGUGGUGGCGGUAGAAGAUCCGCAGGGCCUAGGAAGGGACCAAGCAUUCAACACCCAAUAAAGGUAGCCUUGGAAGACUUAUACAACGGCAAGACAGUCAAACUUGCCAUUAACCGAAAGGUCAUGGCUGGAGACUCCAAAUUUUGCGAUAACUGCAAUGGAAAGGGUGCAGUCUUAGAGCUCCGUCAAAUCGGACCUGGAAUGGUCACACAGAUGCAAAGAACAUGCAGUUCCUGUAAGGGUCAAGGGCAAGUUUAUAAGACUAAAAACGAACGCAAGGUCGUCGAGGUCCACAUUGAGAAAGGUGCCACCCACAAUCAAAAGAUUACUUUCCGAGGAAUGGCAGAUGAAACUCCAGGGAGAGAGACUGGAGAUGUUCACUUUGUCGUUCAAGAAAAGGACCACGAUUUGUUCAAACGAAAAGGUGCCGAUCUGUUGCUCAUGCAAGACAUCAGUGUCAACCAAGCAUUAACUGGGUUUUCGUACAAAUUCAAACACUUGGAUGGACGAGAGCUGAUUAUCAAGACGAAGCCAGGUGAGGUCAUCGAAUGCGAGAUUGAAGUUGGUGGAAAGAAGAUGCCGUACAUGACAAAGGUUGCAAAUGAGGGUAUGCCCAGCAAGGGAAACCCAUUCGUAAAGGGAGAUCUUUACGUCAUGUUUCAUGUGAAAUUCCCCAAGAAGAUCGACCCCAAGGUCGCGGAACAGAUUUGUAAAUUGUUGCCGGAUCCUAACGUUGAGGAGAAGUAUGAUGCAAUGGAGGUUGAGGAACAUUUCAUGGAACCUGCUGAUUUGAGACACUUUGGAAAGGGCGGUGCCGCAGUGGCUGGAGGAGAUUAUGACAGCGACGAUGAAGAAGGACAGCCUGUACAGUGCCAACAAUCGUAA